UGCGGCGGCGGCGCCCGGGGUUGUAGUGGGCCGGGGAGUUGGGCUGUCAGCAGAGGCUCGUGACCAUGGAGCGGGGCUCUGAGUCUGGGGCCGUGAGGCGGCACCGCGUCGGAACCGAGCGCCGGGAAGGACUGGCAGCCAUGCUGCAACCGGAGAGGGAGGCGCCGGCGCAGGAGCCCCCGGUAGACACCUGCGGCGGUGUCUCCAGGACUCGGAAGAGGAGCCCGGCGGGCGGCGGCGGCGGCGAGAGCCAGGGCGCAGGCGCUGGGCUGUCCGAGGCGCGCGCCGCGCUGGGGCUCGCGCUGUAUCUGCUCGUGCUCUGGGCGCUCGUGCAGCUUUCCCUGCAGCGGCUCGUGCUGCGCCGGCCCUCUGGGCACCACGGCGAGUUCGACGCGCGCCAGGCAAGGGAUUAUCUUGAACAUAUAACAGCCAUUGGCCCCAGGACUACAGGAAGUCCAGAAAAUGAAAUUCUGACGGUGCAGUACCUUUUGGAACAGAUUAAACUCAUUGAAGUUCAAAGCAGCAGGCUUCACAAGAUUUCAGUAGAUGUACAGCGCCCCACAGGCUCCUUUAGCAUUGACUUCUUAGGAGGUUUUACAAGCUACUAUGAUAAUAUCACCAAUGUUGUGGUAAAGCUGGAACCUAGAGAUGGAGCCCAGCAUGCUGUCCUGGCUAACUGCCAUUUUGACUCAGUUCCAAGUUCACCAGGUGCCAGUGAUGAUGCAGUUAGUUGUUCAGUGAUGCUGGAAGUCCUUCGAGUCUUGUCAACAUCUUCAGAAGCUUUACAGCAUGCUGUGGUGUUUCUCUUCAAUGGUGCUGAGGAAAAUGUCUUGCAAGCCAGUCAUGGUUUCAUUACUCAGCAUCCAUGGGCCAGCUUGAUUCGUGCAUUUAUUAACCUGGAGGCAGCAGGUGUAGGAGGGAAAGAACUUGUGUUCCAAACAGGUCCUGAAAAUCCUUGGUUGAUUCAAGCUUAUGUUUCAGCAGCUAAACACCCUUUUGCUUCUGUGGUGGCUCAGGAGGUUUUUCAGAGUGGAAUCAUUCCUUCAGAAACUGACUUCCGUAUCUACAGAGAUUUUGGGAACAUUCCAGGAAUAGACUUAGCUUUUAUUGAGAAUGGAUACAUUUAUCACACCAAGUAUGACACAGCAGACAGAAUUUUAACAGAUUCCAUUCAGAGAGCAGGUGACAACAUUUUAGCAGUUCUUAAAUAUUUAGCUACAUCUGAUAUGCUGGCUUUUUCUUCUGAGUAUCGACAUGGAAAAAUGGUCUUCUUUGAUGUGCUUGGCCUGUUUGUCAUUGCUUACCCCUGUCGUGUUGGCUCAAUAAUAAACUACAUGGUGGUGAUGGCUGUUGUUUUGUACCUGGGCAAAAAACUGUUGCAGCCCAAACAUAACACUCUUAACUACAUGAAGGACUUCUUGUGUGGUCUUGGUAUCACUUUCAUUAGCUGGUUCACCAGCCUUGUUACGGUUCUCAUCAUAGCAGUGUUCGUCUCUCUUAUCGGACAGUCUCUCUCAUGGUACAACCACUUCUAUGUCUCCGUGGGUCUAUAUGGAACUGCAGCUGCAGCUAAAAUAAUACUUAUACAUACCCUUGCAAAAAGAUUUUAUUACACGAAUGCCAGUGACCAGUAUCUGGGAGAAGUGUUUUUUGACAUCUCACUGUUUGUGCAUUGUAGUUUUCUUGUAAUGUUCACUUACCAAGGACUUUGCUCGGCGUUCAUUAGUGCUGUCUGGGUAGCGUUUCCUUUGCUCACAAAGCUUGCCAUGCACAAGGAGUUUAAGCAGCAUGGUGCCCAAGGAAAAUUUAUUGCCUUUUACCUUUUGGGGAUGUUUAUUCCUUAUGUUUAUGCAAUGUACCUCAUCUGGGCGGUAUUUGAGAUGUUUACUCCUAUCCUUGGGAGAAGUGGUUCAGAAAUCCCACCUGAUAUUGUGCUGGCAUCCAUUCUGGCUGGUUGUACGAUGAUUCUAUCUUCCUAUUUUAUGAACUUCAUCUACCUUGCCAGAAGCACAAAAAAAACCCUCAUAUCUCUAACUUUGGUAUGUACAGUUACAUUCCUCCUUGUUUGCAGUGGAACCUUUUUUCCAUACAGCUCCAAUCCUGCUAAUCCAAAGCCAAAGAGAAUGAUUCUUCAGCAUAUGACUAGAACAUUUCAUGACUUAGAAGGAAACAUAGUUAAAAAGGACUCUGGAAUAUGGAUCAAUGGGUUUGAUUAUACUGGAAUGUCUCAUAUAACACCUCACAUUCCUGAGAUCAAUGAUACCAUUCGAGCUCACUGUGAGGAGAACGCACCCCUUUGUGGGUUCCCAUGGUAUCUUCCAGUGCACUUUCUGAUCAGGAAAAACUGGUAUUUUCCUGCCCCAGAAGUUUCUCCAAGAAAUCCUGCUCAUUUCAGACUUAUAUCCAAAGAACAGACACCUUGGGAUUCUGUAAAGUUGACCUUCGAAGCAACAGGACCAAGCCAUAUGUCAUUGUACGUUCGAGCCCACAAAGGAUGGACAAUUUCUCAGUGGUCUCUUGGCAAUGGCACUCCAGUCACAUGUAAAGGGGGAGACUAUUUUGUAUUUUAUUCCCAUGGACUCCAGGCCUCUGUGUGGCAGUUCUGGAUAGAAGUGCAGGUCUUGGGAGAACAACCUGAAGGAGGAAUGGUCACUGUGGCUAUUGCUGCCCACUAUCAUUCUGGAGAAGACAACAGAUCCUCUCAACUGACUGCCCUGAAGGAGAAGUUCCCAGAAUGGGUAUUUCCCUUUGCCUGGGUGUGCACUUACAGUCUCUUUGUGUUUUAAUCUUGUGGAUGAGCUCCAAGUACAUGUCCAGUGGAUACUCCACGUGACAGUUUCUCCCCACAUUACAUGGAUAUUUGUAAUGUAAGUCAAUGAAUUUUAAUGAGCAUAUGUUCAAAGAGCUUUUUAGGUUAAUAGUCUUUAGAGUCAAGCACUCUGUGGGUUAAACUAUGGAACAGUAGGGCAUGGCCUUUUUGACACUUGAAAAUGCCAGGUUUUUGGCACUUAAAUACAUGUGGUUGCUGCCACUGCAUACUGUGGUAUGUCAUUUUAUAUGACCUUCAGGAUAAGAGCCAGUAAACCACUUCAGUGGUUGUCCCUCUUAAAAUCAAGAAAGGUGUAGACCAGUGAUGGUGAACUUUUUAGAGCUUUCAGUGAUAACAGGCAGUUGUGGCAUGACUGAUAUAGAAUGUCAGACCACUACUGAGACAAGUCAUUUCCAAUUAAGGCCCAAGACCAUGUGUUGUGAUGGUGGGUAAAAAAUACCAUUUGCUGGGGUUGGGACUCCCCUUGAGGUACAACUUUUAGUUCACUGGAAGGUGAUUUCCCUGUGGACUAUGGAAGCAGCAUUGGACCUUUGAGGCCCUCACAGCCAUACAAUGCUUAUGCUUUGCUAGGCAUCCUCUAGAGCAGUGGUGUUGAACUUACGGCACAUGUACUGUAACUGGCUGUUUAUUAUCAUUGAAAGCUCUAAAACGUUUGCCAUCACUGCUCUGGAGUAUUCUUGAAACCUGGACCCCUGGUAUAGAGCCAGGUCCUGAGCUUAGUGACUCACUGUCUGACAGUUUGUCACUGAGAGCCAUUGGUGUGCUGCUCUCCUGAGGAGGUUUUCCUCUGACACAUACUUGUUCUCCUUUCUCUAUGUUACCAGUUUGAGAAAGGAAGUAUGUGUUCAGUUACAUUUCCCUCUGGGUUUUCAGAGGUUCUUUUGAUUCAGAAAAUUGUAUAAGUAUAUGACUUGAAGUUUCUUCCUCAGAGCAGAGCUGCCAGCAUGGCCAUUCUGGGGUGGAAGGAGAGGAAGGUGAGGAUCAUGGGGAUGGAGAGCUGUGGCAUUUUAGGUAUUUAUUCUUUUUGUUUCAUAGGAGUCUUCUGUUAUACAAGGUUAAUCCUUUAGGGCACACUUUUAUUGAUGCACCUGGUCCCUCUUUUUGUUUAGCCAGUUUUUUGGGGUUUUUUUUGGUAAUUUACUAUCCAGUGGGACCAGCCUUCCUGAGACUUGAGGUUGUGGCCUGUAUGGGAAUUAGAUCAUUGUACCUAUAGCUGUUAGUGUGUAUCAAAGUAGCACUUAUCAUUUUUAGGUUCCAGCAGUAAUAGAGUUUGGUGAGAUUAGUGGUGAAUUAGGCUUAAUGUUUUUCCCACUCUGAAAUGUAAAAAGUUUGACAAAUUUGUGCUUGUAUUUGUUGAACACACCCUAUUUUUUUUUUUUUUUUUAAAGUAGACUUCUCAGGUCAUGUGGGAACAAGAGGAAUGCUUCUUGAAAAGAGGCCCUCAGAUCUGCUUGAACACCGAGAGCAUAGUAAUUGUGUGUCAAAGGAGAAAACUUUCCUAAAACUGCUUGUGUGACUUAUGUGGUACACUUUCUUAACCAUGUUCCUUAACUAACGGGGCCUCUGCACAUAGCAAGGCUGCAGCCAAAGCUGAAUGUAACAUUCUGCAUUCUGGCUGUUACCUCCCAGAAUUGAUACUUUAUAGAAACCAAAUUUUUUCACUCUCAUGUACUUCAAAUUCAAGUUUGUGGCUAUAAAUAGGUAAGGUCUGCAGGGUUUAUAGUUUAUACAGAGUUGUAAAGAAAAGUAACAGUAGUAAUAUCUCAAUUUCAUAAUAUAGUUUAUGUAUUGUCCCUGUGGUUAAUCUGAAAAAGAUUAUUAGACAUUUAUAGAAAAACAAAUUGCUCCUUUGUUAUUUUUCCUUUGGGAAGAAAGACAUUUCAGUAAUAAUCAUGGUUUUCCUUUUUGGUAUUAUUUCCCUAUGCAAAUAAUUCUCGUUUUCUUUAGCAUGAUGAAGCUUUGUUAUUUUGCAAAGUCAGUAACAAGAUGUUCAUGCUUAGUAUCUGGGAGGUUGUUUUAAUGCCAGAAAUGGUCAAGUAAUUACAUGCAGUAUUCAUGACCCUGUAAUAAGCACACAAUGUCAGUCUCUGAGAUUAAACCUGUUAGUUCCUACCCUUUUAACCACUUACCAAACCAAUUAUUUAAAUAUAAGGUGAUCAAAAGUUGCAUAUUUUUAAUUUUGUAACAGGAAAUAUAAAAAUAAUUUUAUCAAAUUUAUUCAAUACAAGAAUUGAGUGAGGCUGGAGUUAGCUCAGAGGCGCCAUGCCUGCCUGGCAGGUGCAAGGUUCUGAGUUCAAUUCCUGAUACCAAAAAAAAAAAAAAUUUGGUGAUUGGAAUGACAUUUGCCUAAGCGACCCUCGGGGUAAACUGUUUCUCAAUCAUUUAAAGCUCUAACAUACAUUUAAAUUCUAUAAAAAACAAGUAGCACAGUACCACCUAUUUAGGGACAGUGUGAAGAUCUGCCAUUUCAAAAUGAUUUUUAUGUUUGAUCUAAGAAUGAUUGUUGCGUGGAGUGCUUAGCAGAUAUAAUUAAACAUGGGAGGAUUCACUAAGAUAUUACCUGCUAAGGAAGCAUGAAUGUGUUUCAUUAGUUUGCUGACUUGUUGAGAACUGUUACCUUAUAAUGUUACUGAAAUAAACAUACUGGUUGGUAUCUGUUAAACAGAAAAACAUCUUUAACUGCUUAUGCUUUAUCCCCAUAUUUCAAGUCUACACAGCCUUUUUAAUUGCUGUUAAAAAUAUAGAUGGCUCAUGUGGGUAUAAAGUGAUAGGAAGAAAGAACCCAACGUUUCCAUCAGUUGGAAUCUUUUUUGAUCUUGGAAUGAAAUGGUGCAUCUCAGUUUCACAGAAAUUAAAAUGACUUAAAUGGUGAACUUCGUCACAUUUGGAAGUUUAAAGUCAUCUCCCUUGGGGGAUGAAAUCACCAAAAGGCUAAUUAAGUACUAUGUUCCUUUAUCGGGGAUAGGACAGAGGGAAGAAAUUACCUUUCAGCCAGAGUGACCCCCUUACUUAUUCUAAUCUCCAUCCAAGGGAAGGGCAGAAUAACCAAACAAAGCAUAUACUUUAGA